AUGUAUGUGAAAUGCUUUGUGAUUACUAUGUGAUUUUAGUGAAUGUCAUUUUUUGUCACUUUCAAAUUUCCCACCGGUUCCGGCCCCCGUACGGCCCGACGUCGCAGGGAACGGAACCCAGAAGACAGAUGCUGGCAUCCGCUGGAGGACACUGCAGGAGGGACAUCGUGGGAGCGCAGGACAAGGUAAGUGAAGAACAGAUCCCUGAGCAGCGCAGCAUGGUAAGCCCGAGUGUAGCUCGGGGUUACUGCUUGUGCUACACUCGGGAAUACCGCCAGGGAGGCUAU